AUGGUUGCUUACUUAAUUUCUCACUCUUUGCCGUCGAACUCUCGGAUAAAACGGCGUCACCUUUGUGAGUUUGCAUGUUCUUUUUUGGCAACGGAAUACCUACUCGCGUGUCUGUGUCAGCGUCGUCGAACUGACCAGAGCCGAACGCGCUCUCUUGAGAUCCUUCCGAAGCUUCGUCAACAUGGUCGGUUUCGGGCGAAGUCUCACGGGAGCUCUCUUUCUUUCUCCUCCCUUUCUACCCUUUCUUUCUCUUCUCUUUCUAUCCUUUCUUUCUCUUCUCUUUCCAACCUUUCUUUCUCUUCUCUUUCUACUCUUAAUUUCUCUUCUCUUUCUAAUUUUUCUUUCUCUUCUUUUUCUCUUUUCUUUUCCUCUUCUCGUUCUAGUCUUUCUUUCUCCUCCCUUUCUACCCUUUCUUUCUCUUCCCUUUCUAUCCUCUCUUUUUCUUCACGCUCUUUCCUCUCCUUUUCUUCUUUUUCUUUCUUUUCUCGUUCAAUUUUCUCUCUCUCUUCUUGUUCAAUUCUCUCUCUUUCCUCUCUUUCUUUCCUUUCUUUCUCUUCUCGCUUUCUGAUCAACCUUUCUUCUCUUUCUUUCUUUACUUUUUCCUCUCUUUCUUUCUCCUCUCUUUCUAGUCUUUCCUUUUCUUCCUGUUCUUUUCUUUGUUUUUCUAAUUUUUCUUUCCUAAGUCUUUCAGAUCUCUCUUUCCAUUCGAUCUCUUUAUUCUUACGCUUCUCUUUUUCCUCUCUUUCUUUUCUUUCCAUUUCUUCCAUUCUUUUCGCAACUCGCUCCUGUCUCUCUCUUUUCUCUCGCUCCUCUUUUUCUCUUUUCUCUCUUUCUUCUUUUUCUUUCCUCUCUUUUUCUUUAAUCAUCUCUCGAAUCUUCAUCUCUUCUUCUUCUUUCUCUUUCCUCUCCCUUUCUUUUCUCUCCCUCUCUUCUCGUUCUUCGCGUUCCUUCCUUUCUUUUUCUUCUCUUUCUAUUCUUUCCCUUUCCUCUCUCUCUUUUCUCUCCUGCUCUUCUCGUUUUAUUCUCUCUUCCUCCUCUCUUUCCUGUCUGAUUCUUUCUUCCUCUCUUUCUAUUCUCUCUCUUUCCUCCCUCUCUUCUCUCUCCCGUUCUUCCCUUUCUUUUCUCUCUCUUUCUUCUCUUCUCUUUCUCUUCCUUUCUUCUUUUUCUCUCCUCUCCAUCUCUUCUUUUUCCAGACGCUCUUUUUCAAUUCUCUCCUCCCUUUCUUUUCUCUCUCUCUCUUUCCGCUCUUUCAUCUCCUUCUGA